CACUUCAUUCAUUUGCAGAUUGUUGAAGAAAACAAGAAAUGGAGUUGUGCCGUUGGUUGUUUAUUAAAAUUUUCUGCCGACUGAACUGAUAAUUGCGAUAUUAAUUUCUAAUCAGUGAAAAUUUUAAUUGAACUCGAUCAGUGUAGCCGUAAUACUCAAAGGGACGGAUGUGCAAGGAAAUUAUAAGAUUCGUUGUAUGGUUUGUGUAAAAAUAUUUUUAGUAAACAAAAUAGAUCUUCAUUUGUAAGAGGAUUGUAAAGAUGGGCACACGGGUCAAACGAUGGUAUCGUUCUCGAAAAAACCAGCUUUUAAUAGUGAUAUUUCUGUUAGGUCUUCUCAUGUACACCGUACUUAUCAACCACAAUACUCAGGAACUAGAUUUGGAUAUAACUAAAAGAAACUCCAUUCUUGCGUACAUUGAGCACAAACUGGAGGAACAGCUGAAGCUGGACAAGGGCACGGGGUGUCAGAUGCCCGAGCUGGACCCCUUCGCGGCGGAGGUCACGCAGUUCGACCGGGACCUGCCGCGGGUCACGUGCGACGGUCAAGAUUGGGUCAAGUGUUAUCUCUCAGAAUGCCGCGUGACCGCCCCCAUCCUGGCCCGUUACGGCAACGUGACGUGCACGUACCGGGAUAUUCUCUACGUGUCCGACGACGUGUACCACAUCGGGGCCGCGACCGCGACGCGCGGGGACUCUGUCUACCCGCUGCGGGAGAGCGACUUCGCUAAGGUCUCGUGCGUUGAGGAGAACGGUCGGCUUUUCAGCAUCCCGGCCCGGUGGAGCGGCCACGUGGCCGGGUUCCGGUCGACAGUGGCUCCCCGCCCGUCCCCGCCCGGCCGGGAGAACUCUCUCAACGUGUUGAUAUUCGGCUUCGACUCCACCGCCAGGAAUGGUUUUAUACGCAGAAUGCCCAAAAGCUAUGAGUAUUUGACGAAGAGUUUGCACGCUGUCGUGUUGAAGGGAUUUAACAUCCUAGGCGACGGGACGCCGGCCACUUUGUUCCCGAUACUGACGGGGAAGAACGAGCUGGAAUUACCUGACGCGAGGAAGAAGAUGAAGAACAAUAAAAGCGUUGAAGAUAUGCCGUUCAUAUUCCGCAGGUUGAGGGAUGACGGUUACCGCACUGCGUACUUCGAGGACAUGCCCUGGAUUGGCACGUUCCAGUACAGAUUCCGCGGUUUCCGCCGCCAGCCGGCGGACCAUUAUCUGAGGGCUUUCUUCCUGGAGGAGUCUUCCCGCGGGAAGAAGUGGCGCGGGAACAACAAGUACUGCGUGGGGGACACGCCGCAGUAUAAACUCAUGAUGAAUCUGACCAACCAGUUCUUCCACUUGGACGGAAAGAAGUUCGCGUUCACAUUCAUAGCGGACAUCACACACGACGAUUUCAACAUGAUCCCGACAGCAGACGAGGACUUUGUGAACUUCCUCAGCACGUUAAAAGAUGAGGGGCACCUGGAGAAUACCCUGCUGUUUGUGAUGGGCGACCACGGACCUAGAUACGCGAACGUACGGAACACGUACCAGGGUAAACUAGAAGAGAGGCUGCCUCUGAUGGCGGUAGUGUUGCCCGCGACGCUGCGACACCGCGCCGCGACGCUGCGACACAACGCGCAGGUUCUGACCACCCCGCACGACAUCCACGCGACGCUGCUAGACGCCAUGGGGCUGGGGACCUAUAAGAAUGACUAUAAAGUGGCCGGGGCCGAUUUGCCGAGGGCCAUGAGUCUGUUCGAACCGAUCCCCGCGCGGCGCUCGUGCAGCGAGGCGGGCAUCGAGCCGCACUGGUGCGCCUGCGUGUCGUGGCGGAACUUGUCUCGGGCCGCGCCGCUCUAUGACAGGGCCGCUCUAGCCCUGGUGCACUACAUCAACGGGCUGACAGAGCCUGUCAGGUCUCAAUGUGCGCCGCGCACCCUCUCCUCCGUGUCGUGGGUGAUGUCGCAACAAGCCGACAGCCGCGUGUUAUCCUUCGUGGGCGCCAAAGAUAACGACGGGUACGUUGGAAAGUUCGGGGAUAAGGUCAAACUGCAGCGGGAGACUUAUCAGGUUAAGUUGACCGUAGCGCCCGGUUCCGGAGACUUCGAAGCGUCGCUGACGUACAUCGUGAGCGAAGAUAAGUUCCACGUCGAUAUUAGAGACAUCUCGCGGACAAAUAGGUACGGCAACGAACCGGAUUGCAUCAGCAAAACUCACCCACAUCUCAAUCCAUAUUGCUACUGUGUUGGUUGAUAUGCUACUGCAUUUAUAAUUGUUUGGUACGUUAAAAUUACGAAAUUGUUAUGUACCAAAAAAUUAUAAUUGUGGCAUCGUAGAAAAAACAUUAUCUAUUAUAAUAUAAUAGUUUUACAGUGCUACCACUUUUUUUAGGACGCCUCGGCAAUAUUCGACCUUAUCUACCUCCGAAUCGAACCACAUGAAUUCUCAAUAAAAUACUGACCUUAUCACAAGUACAUUAAACUUAAAAUCAAUAAGCGAAAUUCUCUAUGUAUAUGCUCUAUCAGCUAUAGCUAUCUCGCUCUUAUUAGAAGUGAAACAGCCGACAGUUCGCAGGUUCAAAUGGCGCGCUCUGAUUGGCUCAACCUGUCAAAUAUUUUCGAGCCAAACGAAAAUUACCUAGACUUCUGCGCAGGCGCAUCGGUGUAACUUAAAAAAAGUGGUAAUAGUGCACAAUUGACCAAGAAAUUAAUUGAUAUGCCACGUAAAUAACACAGUAGCCAGUUAAAUUCAGUACUUAAGGAUAUUUUUUACAAAUUUUUGAUUGAAAAUUUUACUUCAAAAUAUAAUAAAAACACGACACAUCGGAUUACAUAUUAUUCUAAAGUAUGUUGUUAAAUAAUGAGUAUUAUUUUUCUAUAUUAUUACUAGGUUUUUUUUUAUUUACUGUCUUAGGAAGCGGGAUCUCUAUUUCCAUUUGUUAUUCUCGUAUUAUUUUGUAAAUCAUAAGCAUUAUUGGAAAAAGCACUAGGAGAAUGUCCCUAUUCUUUUUUAUUAUUUUUCGGUGCUAAGUCUCGAUUUAUGAAUUCUCAGUUAAAAAUCUCAUAGGGCUAGUCACAGGUUACCUCGAUAUUAAUUUAAGUCUCACAUUUUCUCUUUAUGAAAACGGAUCAAUUAUAAAUUUAAUCUGUGUAAACAAUUAGCAAUAAUAAGUAUUCGAAUGCGUAGAAAUCGGAAAAAUAUAAGACAAAUGUGUAUACCUUAUUGUUAUUGAAAUUAUAGACAAAUGUGUAUAGCAUAUAGGAAUAAUGUGUCGUCAUCUUACAUCGCACGCAGUUUUCUUCGCAGUUGUAAAGCUGUCAAAAUAAUCUCAGAAUUUAGAUGCAAUAUGAAAACGUAAUUCAUUCAAUUCAGUAUAACAAUGUGCUCCAUAGUCCACAUUUAGUCAUUAUUAUGAGUCACUUCAUAUCACUUAAUACUCGUUAUUGUCAUAUCUGGUUCCAUUCCAGAAGAAGCGGUAACAAAUUGCACUGCAUCAUUUUCUUCAACAACGUCAACUUCACAACUAUCCAAAAUUGAAUAAAAGAGUGGACGAUAGAAUACAUUGUUUUACAUCAAAAAACUAUGACAAUUAUUAAAUGAUUGAUGUUCGAAAUGUCCUACAAUAAUGAAUAAAAAAUGAUUCCAUUUGAUUUAUGGCAACUGAUUUCCAUCAGUUGCGAUGACACAUUUGCCACUCAACAAUUCUAUUGUUUUAUUUUAUUCCGAUUUUUAUGUUCGGAUCACAUUACAUUUCUACUCAUAAUUUAACUUGUGAAUCUUACAUUUGGUAGCUAUUAAUGUUAUAAGUAUUUAGAUAAGGACUUGAAAUAAAAAUUAAGAACUGUAAUAAUACUGACUGGGAUUUAAAACGGUUUUGAAUUGACCUUAUUUAAGUUCUUGGCUUCUUGGACAUGUUGCGAUUUAAUUUUUUUGGAUGUCUAAGGUAGGUUUCUCAAAAAAAUAAUCUAUUUUUAUAAGUUACCAAAAAUAGGUUAGUGUAUAGGUGCGACCGCUUUUGGGUAGGCCCAUUAUUUUAUAUUAUUCUAUGUUUUAAAUUGAAAAUUUCGUAUUUCGGCGUUAUAAUUUUUUCGUGUAUUUUUUUUUUAUUUUAGAAGAUAUGCGAUAAACUGUUCUUCGAUUGUUAUUUGGCCAUUUGUCAUUUGUUUGAAAAAAAAAAUUAAUCGACAGUAAAUUUCAUCUUUACGAUUCGUCGAAAAAUAUUGGAGUCUAUUCUGUCGUCGAAUCGUUUGACCAUUAAAAGUUCACAUUACAACUAAAGCGAUACGCGGUCUUCAAAUAAUGCCACCAAAAUUAUGGAGUUCAAUUUGAAUAUCGACCCCUUUUGUGUAAGUUUGUACUUUGUACCAAAUUGUUGGAAAUUAUUUUUUUAUUAUAUUUUAACAUCAUUUGUUAAUUUUGGAGCGAUAAAUAUGUGUGAUAUUUUGUAUUUUGUCCAAUUUAUAAAUGAUAUUUAUUAAUUUAUGAAUAUGUUGUCGUAUAGUGUAUGGGAAUUCUGAAAUAAAGUAAUUGUAAGU